CUUUCUACAUUCUAAUAGAAUUUUUUUUCUUAAAAGUUGGCAAUGUUUUUACAUCAAAGCAGGUAACAUGUUUCAAUCCCAAUUAACCUAAUCAAUCAAACACACCCUAAUCUUCUUUUUCAUCAUUUCAGUUUCAUUCUUUUGAUUAUUACCACAAUUUAUUUAGUGAUCAAUUCAAUUCAAUUCUGUAAAAACAUCAAAGAGAGAAUGCCUUUGGUAAGAUUUGAAGUAAAGAAUGAGUAUGGAUUGGGUUCAGAAGAGAUGUACAGAAGAAGAGGAGGAGUAAGUGAUGAAGAUCCUAAAGCUAUACUUGAAGGUCUUACUGUGGCUGGUCUUGUUGGGAUCCUAAGACAAUUAGGUGAUCUUGCUGAGUUUGCAUCAGAGAUUUUCCAUGAUUUGCAAGAGGAAGUGAUGGUGACAGCUGCUAGAAGUCAUAAAAUGAUAGCUCGUGUAAAAAACCUGGAAGCAUCCAUCCCACCAGUUGAGAAGGCUAUUCUCGCCCAAAAGAGCCACAUUCAUUUUGCUUACAUAGAUGGUACUGAAUGGCAUCCCAAAAUUCAAACUCGCAAAAAUCAAAUCGUCUAUAGUUACUUGCCACGAUUCAUCAUGGAUACCUAUGAGGAAUGCCGCGAUCCACCUGAUUUUCACGUGCUUGAUAAGUUUGAUAAGGGUGGUCCUGGAUCUUGUGUGAGGAGAUAUUCAGAUCCAUCAUAUUUUAAAAGAGCACUUGCUAACUCUGAAAUGCUGUCUAGUGUGAAGGGUCAGAGGGAGAAGAAAGCUCAGAAAAGCAGGAAAAAAGGAGGGCGGGGUAGGAAUGGAGUAUCUUACAGUGUCUCGGCAUCUGGCAGAAUUCAGUCCGAAUCUCCAACAAGUUAUAGUGAAAGUUCUGCUGCUGAGACUAUAUCUACAGUCAAUAUGAGAUCAAAGUCUGAAUUGGGUAAUCGAUCCAAAUAUUUUGAUCCAAGAAUUAUGGAAGUUCGAUCUACAUCUUUGAAUAUGGGAAACAAGCUGGGGUACCAUGAGUAUGUAUUUGACGGAAGUUCAUCCAAUCAGCAUGAAGAUCAGGAGGACAGUGAACUAUCUAGCCCCAGGUCAAACAUGCAAACUGAUGGUACUGGUUCUAUCCUUGCCGAGGAACGAGAAAAGGCUGAAUAUUAUGAUGACCUUUCAAAUAGGUCUUCCCUAGCUCCAAGUGUCCGAAAGUCAUCUUCUGUAACUUGGGAUGAAAAGAUAGAAAUUGUGAAGCCUAUGCAUCAAAAGUUGCAUGGAUUACGUAUAAAUGAGAAGAAAGCUUCAAAUGCACUGCCAUUGAGGUCUGACCUAAUUAAGUUGGAGAAAAGAUCUCCUGCACGCAGUGACAUUGGUGCAGUACGUAUCUUAUCUGAUUUUGUUAACAUAUCAGGAUCAGUUUUUUAUGAUAACGAGUCUGAUGAGCUUGAAAGUGAGGCGGACAGUUAUGUAGAUGCACUUAACACUAUGGAAUCAGAAAUUGAGACAGAUGCCGAUUGCCAAGCCAAACAGGAAGUAGAACUGUCCUUUGCCAAGUUCAAAAAUGAAGGAGUACUGGACACCAAAGCAGCUCCAACCAGCGAUUCGAAUGCUCGGACAUCGGAAUCAUCUGAUGUUGAAACUGAUACUGCAUCCUAUACUUUCCCGAAUAAGCCAAUACCACGGAAUAUUUCCAGAUUUGUUGAUUCAGAGGAUUUGAGCUGUGCACAUCCACCCCAAAUCUACAUCACUUCUGUCAAUGAUCCAUCCUCUUCAGGCUCUAACAUUCCAAAUUCAGAAGGCCCAUUAGUAGGUAAAAAUGUUAACCAGUCCGUAAAGUCUGGCGAAUCACAGGCACCUGCUAAAGAUUCUGAUGCACCGUCGGUAACAUUUUGGACAAACGGAGGCCUCUUGGGGCUUCAGCCAUCAAAACCUCCAGAUUAUCGCGAGACAAGCACUGAGAUUAAGUGUAGGAGUGGUACUAAGAAUGAUAAAUAUCCUCUUCCAAGUGAAACCUUUGUCCCCAAGUCUCGUUCUGAUGGGUUGGAUAUGCUAGUUAAGGCGCCUGAACAUGAAGAGAAGAACCACAAAUGUGGCACAGGUUAUGCUGGUUCUGAGGAUAAUAUGAACCUAAAUGGUGGUAUCAUGAAACAGAAUAUUGAUAGCUCUGCCCAUUUUAAACCAUUCCGUAAUAAGCUUGAAGAUGCUUUGUCGGAAAAGAACCCAAUGUCACUAGCCAAGAUUGAGAAAUCUGGUGAUUCACACAAUAACAAUGUGGUUCAGGGGAAUGGGUUGUCAGAAACUAGUAGGCUGAAAGCUGGCCUUGUGAAGUUGCAGGAUCAUCACAUUAGGCUAGAAGGCCGAAACAGAGUUGCAUAUCAAACCUCUCCCGAGAAGAAUCUUAAGAAACCGACUGACUGCAGAUCUCCGAUGAACUCGACCUGUUCUUCACCACCACUAGAACACAUGAAGAUCUCUGUUCACCCCAUGAAUGUAUCAGAAACUUCUUUUCUGAAGCUAAAAUUUCCUGAUGGGAAACAUCUUCGUGAAAGCAGUGAGGAUUUUAUGUUUCCUACUUUCCAGUUACUUCCGGAGCUUUCUAAUUCUCUACAGGGUAUUGGUGAUGAAUCUGAUGAUGACACAUUCUAUAGAUCAUCUCCGGACAUGUCUGAGGAACAUAUGAGCCAGUGCUCAGCUUCAAACUCUGACCAGUGGGAUUCUGAUGAAAUACAUGGAGCUGGUAAUCAUGACCCUAAGUUAUAUGAUUCUUUACGUAGAAUUUCAUCAGAUGAAUCCAUAUCUAGCUUUUUUGAACAUGAGGGGAAAAAAGCUAAUGACGACACCUAUCGAAAACCUGAUGGAGUUCCCAACAAUUUGAACAGAAUUCAAUCAAUGCCAGAUGGUCCUGUACUUGAUUGUCAAAGUUUUGAUGUUGGGAGCCAGUUAUUAAGUGAGCAUGAACAGAAGAUGGACUCUCAUCCGAAAGACGACCUGGAUUUAGAUUUGGUCUUGCUGUAUAAUAGCAUACCAACUCCAAUGCGUCCUGGUGAACUCGCCCCACCACUACCUCCACUUCCUCCAUUGGAAUGGAGAUUAGUGAAACCCCCUACUCAAGAAAAUGAAGAAGCUUCUGUAUCUAAAGUUGCCGGUGGUUUAAAAUGUAUACAAGUUUCAGAAACUACUCUUAUCCAGAAACCUAAGCCAAAUCAGUCCGAAAAAAUUCCGGUUGAGAUCACUGCAGCUCCACCAUACAGCCAGCAUAAGCAACAUAUGAUUGGUAGAAGUGUAACUAUGCAGGAUUCAAAUGGCAAGGGUCUGAAUGAAAGGGAGGGUUUAAUGCAACAAAUCAGAAGCAAGUCUUUCACCCUCAGGCGCACAGUACCAGAGAGGUCAAACCUCAUCACAGGUCCCACUUCCAACACCAAAGUUGCUGAAAUGCUACAGAAGGCAAAUGCAAUCCGCCAGGCAUUCGUGGGUAGUGAUGACGGAGAAGAUGGAAGCUGGAGUGAAAGUUGAUCUAUGUGAAAUCGAGUUUAUGAUCUUCCUGUGAAAUCGAGUUUUGUUAUAUAUGUGAAUAACCACAGCUCUUUCUUGUAAUUAAGGUGGUAGGGUUCGUCUAGUAUUUCAUUAAUUUUUUUAGUGCGAUUCUAUUAGUCAUAGGUUCCAGCUAUUCUGUAGUCUAUGACUUCGGAUUAACUUGCCCAUUUUUUAAUGUAAAUUUCUCUAAUUAGCAAUUAAUUUCCGAGAAAAAUAAAGAAAAAUAAGAAAAAAUAAA